AUGGAAUUCUGCUUGGCAGAUUUCAGUUCACAACUGAAUUUUGCUGGUCUGUGCAUGUCAUUUUUUGACAUGCCAGGAGAGGACUGCUUGGACCUGAAAUUUGCUCGCUAUAACGAUCAAUAUUGCAGUAUUCUGCGCUUCGUUAACUUCAAGCAUCGUAACGACGUGAGCAAAGCUAUUGUCCGGUUACGAAACAUUGCCGAUCUGCCAUUGAACUUCAAAAUAAAACGUGACAAAGAAUGCGAUAUAUUGUGUCAUCCGGCUGGCAACGGUAUUGUGGCACCUCAUUCGUCAUGCCUCUGCGUGCUCACAUGGCAUUUACCAAAAAAUGCCAUCACAUGGAGUAGUUUGAAACCACCACGAUUAGCCAUCGUUACAAAUUUCUACAGCGGUCACGAUUUCACAGCUGGUGACAAGUACACAACGAAAUUUCUUGCCACAGUGAUGGAUAUUGAACAAGAUAUCCAAACGAAACCACCAACUACAAGAAUAACAUUCGUUCAAGAUAAACUGCCAUUAGUUGCACCUUACAACCCACCAAAUAAGCAACAACAACAGUUUGAAACUGCCGAACCGUUUGCUGAACAACUUGCUGAAGAACCGCAAACAUACGGUGAUGAAUUACAGUAUCAUAACAGAGUCAUCGAUUGGAUGCAAUUACAUCCCACCGAAUUUCUGAUCACAGUUUUCGUCGUUUGCAUUUGUACCACAUGCGUACUCAUUGAUUUUUUCGAUACAAAUGAAGAUUCUUCAUGA